AAACCGUAAAUUUCGAGUGUGAAGUGCAGUCUAAAAUUCUCGUAAUGAAAGUGUCACGAACUCUAAUCGUUGUAGGUUCUUUGCUCCUGGUUCUCAGCAUCGUUUUGACCUUCAAAUGGAUAGAAUACAAUCGUGCUUACCACAAAGCACACACAGAACCAAAGAAUUCAACGACGAAAGCAAUUCCACUUGAGAAAAAAACCAUCGAAAGACAAGUUAAGAAUAAGAAGCAAGUGCAGAAUCCCUUACCCAAAAAAGCCGCCAAGUCGGUGGCCAACCAACCCAAGUUCAAAAGGAAAUUUACCAGGAAAAUUCCAGUCAUUCCCCUGCUCGAUGUGCUCAGGGCCAGAAAGCAGCCAAGUCGUGGACGGAGUAUAUUCUUCCAUGAAACCACGAACUUCAGGCGGUUGGAAAAGAGCGCACUGGUCCAAUUGACGGCCCGGUCUGCCUGUGCCAUUGAAUCGGCCGCCCUUCACAAUCCAGGCCUCACUGUAUUUGUGCUUUUCGCCGGCGCCACUCAUCGUCCAUUAAGUGGAGAUCCGCUGAUCAAGGCUUUGCAUAAGUACAACAAUAUACGACUGAGGCACCUUAACUUGUGGCGCUAUGCAGCUGGAACGCCCAUCACAAAAUGGCUAAACAGUGGCAAGCUAUUUAAAUCGAAAUUUCUCUUUCCACAUGUCUCGGAUCUGCUGCGCUAUGUUACCCUGUACAAAUACGGCGGUCUUUACCUGGAUCUCGAUGUUGUGGUUCAGCAGAAUCUGGAGAAGAUGCCACCGAACUUCACGGGUGCCGAGAGCAACAAAUCUCUGGCCUGUGGCGUCAUGAAAAUGUCCUCCGCCGGUCUGGGCCAUAAGAUAGCCACCAUGUGUCUGCGGGAUCUGGAGGCCAACUAUAAAGGCGAUAAAUGGGGCACCAAUGGACCCGGGGUCAUAACCCGCGUGGCCAAGAAGCAAUGCAAAACCGAGAAUGUCAAGGCAAUGAUUAACAAUUCGAAAGGCUGCAAUGGCUUCAGGGUCUACGAUCCAAAUGCAUUCUAUGCCAUACCCUGGCUGCAGUGGAAGGACUUCUUUCUGCCCAACAGACUCAACGUGACCAUGAGAAGAGUAUCCAAGUCGCCGGUGGUUCAUGUUUGGAACAAAUUCUCGAAGGGAUGGAAACUGAAAACGAAGGACAGCUGUGCCUACAUCAGCCUGGCCAAAACUCACUGUCCCAGGUCAUUUGCAGCAGCGGGGCCAUUUUUUUGAUUAAUUCUAAGCUUCAGUUGGCUCGGCAUAAGUAACUAAUAAGUACAAAUUUUAGAAAAACUAUAUUUAUAAAAUGCAGCUGUGUAAGAAACGCCCUAAGAUAUAAAUAUCUAGUUAUUAUAAAUGCAAUUUGACAAACAAAUUUAUCAUUGCAAUACUUUCUGAAUUAUCAUAAUAGAUAGAAUAUUAAAUUCCCCAAAUGUAGAGAACUAAUUUUAAUAGCUUUUAAAACAUUAACGUAAGCCCAAAAAGUAAAUCGGAUCAGGCAAGCAGACAUAAAUCUAAAUAUGCUAAAAUGAAAUAAAGCGAAUUAUAUUUUUGAUUCAUAACCGGCGGAGCUAAUUGUCUGUUGAAAUAUUUAUUAUAAAUUCCGAGGGCCAUUCAAAUUCCUACUCCCACUUUUGUUGUCAUAUCGCCAUGAAGAACUAAUUAAUUGUUCCCAAAUAAAGCCAAAGUAAAUAGCCGGA